AUGUUGAGAAAGGAGCAGGAGGAGGUGCAAGAGGAGGAGCAGGAGGAGGAGCAAGAGGAGGUGCAGCAUGAUGACGAGGCUCCAGUAGAGGAAGUGGAGGCGGAAGAAGAGAGCACACGGGAACAGGAGGGUGAAGAGGAGACUGAAGAUGGAGGAGAGGAGACUAAGCCUAAAUUCCCUAAACCUUUUAUGUUGCCAAACCUGGUGCCCCCAAAGAUUCCAGAUGGAGAAAAGGUUGAUUUUGAUGACAUCCACCGUAAACGAAUGGAGAAGGACCUGAAUGAACUCCAGACACUUAUAGAAGUUCACUUUGAAAGCCGUAAGAAGGAAGAAGAGGAACUUAUCGGCCUUAAAGAAAGGAUUGAGAAAAGACGUUCUGAGCGAGCGGAGCAGCAGAGGAUCCGCAGCGAACGUGAGAAGGAACGUCAGAAGCGUGUGGAGGAGGAAAGAGCUCGGAAGGAGGAUGAAGAAGCCAAAAAGAGGGCGGAGGAUGAUGCCAAGAAAAAGAAAACGCUCACCAGUUUGCACUUCGGUGGCUACAUACAGAAGAUAGAACGCAGGAGUGGAAAGAAACAGACUGAGAGAGAGAAGAAAAAGAAGAUUCUUAGUGAACGCCGCAAACCUCUGGACAUUAGCAAUGCCAAUGACUCUGCUCUCAGGGAAAAAGCCACAGAACUGUGGACUUGGAUGCGAGAACUAGAAGCAGAGAAGUUUGAGUUACAGUAUCACUUUAGCAAACAGAAAUAUGAGAUCAACGUCCUGAGGAACAGAGUCAGUGACCAUCAGAAAACGUCAAAGAGAACCAAGAGAGGCCUCAGGAAGUGAAUAUGGAAGCUCUUCACUAACCCACACUGAGCUCAUGAAGAGAAACAUCCAGAAAAGCUGCACAUACUUCACACAAAGAGUAAUUCAUUUUAAACCGAUCAUUCUCACCUAUUAAAAAUGUCAGUGAAACACACAAAACAAUAAAUGAGAAAAUGAACAGUACUUUUUAAUGGAUUUUUAAUGUGAUGCUUUUACUUGUACUGAUCAAUUAUACUUUUUCUGUCUGUUUUAACAUCAUUGCUUGUUCCAUUCAUUUAUGAGAUCUUAAUCUGGGAUUGUUCAUCUCAACUUUAUUUUAUAUAGCGCUUUUACAAUUUUCAUUGUUUACAGUUUUCAUUGUUCAUCUCAGUAAUAUACUUACAGUAUGUGAGGUGCUUUAAAAGAAUCAGUAAAAUAGGUUUUUGCGUGCAAGUACACAGUAAAAAAUAUGCACAGGCAUCUAUUUGAAGUACAUUGCCAAAAUUCCCAUUACUAUACCAACAAUAUGCAAGUUUCUUUUGAAACUUCAAUAAAAACAUGAAUCACAAGGGUUCAUCUAUAGCCUGGAAAGCAUACACUAGAUAUUUUUAAAUGCACGGUGAUCAGUUCAUAUCGUUUUGCAAUAAAACAUUAAGGUAACAAGCAAAAUGAAGUUAACAAAACCAUUUCAAAAGUCGCUCCAUCACUUAACAGCUAUUUUCAGUUAAGUGUCCCCUCAGGCAUCCCGCCUCAGGAUUAAAAAGACAAAAAG